GAGAUCGUCAGCGAAUUGAAGGAAACCCACCUGCUCGACGUUUUGAGGGGUGUUCGAGAUUAAGCGCCGCGCAGAGGGCAUACAAACCAGGUUGUAUCUGGUUCAUUUCAAGCGAGGAAUGUGCUCGCUUACAAAGCUGGAGGCCGUACGGACAAUCCAGCAAGUCAUCGUGCGAUGGGAGCCGUACCGCGGAGGGAAGAAAGGCCCGACCCAAUGCCAUCGAUGCCAGGCUUUUGGGCAUGGUACUCGCCACUGCCAGAUUAAUCCUCGGUGUGCCAUCUGCACGGCGGAGCAUCUCUCGGAGCAGUAUCCAUCGGGUUCGGGCACAGUAAAGUGCUCGAACUGUGGUGCUGCUCAUCGCGCCGAUGAUCCGCCGUAUCCAAAGCGGGCAAAAUACAUCGAGAUUCAUAAUAUAAAAUAAAAAUAAUAAAUAUUCUUUAUUUUGAACACAUCUAACCUAUUACCGAUAUGAGCAGUGCCGUGGAAUAACAAAAAUUGCUUCAAAAAAGCUGUGUGUGUGGCUGAUACUGAUCGCUACAAUCGGUGUCUUGAUCUGUGCGCGUGACAGUGUUACAAACUACCUAAGUGAAAAACAUAGUUAACAAGUGUGUAGAGAAUUUGUUCUAGCUUUGCGUUAACUAUCAAGUAACUUACAUACGUUUGCGCUUAAGUGACGCAAAUUGCUUCCAUUUCUCAAGUACAUUCCUUGUAGUAGUGUUCGAAGUGUAACAAUGUCGGUCAAAAGAAUGCGUCGAACCGGCCAAACCAGCAAGAUUAUCAAAGCUAAUAACGCUAAGCUAGAGGCAGAAGUAUUUGGCGAGAGUAGUUCAUUCGGUGCUAACAUCAUUCCUGCAGCAACCACGUAUGAAGAUCCGGAACCAAUUAGCCAUCGUUCGUUUGAUGAAGAGGUUGAAGCAGAAGCAAUUAUCAUCGACUGGUUAAUUUCCGAUGAUUGUGACAAUAUAGAAAGCUACGAUAACAUCAACGAUGCGGAAGAUGAAAUUGAAUCAUCCUUGGACAACGUGCAGGAGUUCCUAGAUGAAGAAGAACCAUUUGAAGAGGUUACAAAAAAGUGGGCAUUAAAAACGUACCAAACCCAUCAAGCACUGAAUGGUCUGUUAGCCAUUUUACGUGCAAGAACCAACUACACUCUUCCCAAAGAUGCGCGUACAUUACCGGGAACAAAGCAAUGCGGAAAAGAUAUUGUUCCAAUCGAAGGAGGAGAAUUUUGGUUCCCGGGAGUACGAUCGGUGCUUAACAGACACUUUCGUAACGUGCAACCAAAUGUGAGUUCAUUCUCAUUGAACCUCUCCAUCGAUGGACUUCCCUCGAACAAGAGUACCCGCAAACAGUUUUGGCCAAUACUGAUGAGCAUUCAGGAACUGCCUGAAGCGCCACGUCGAGCAAUACCUGAGGCCGCUUGUAAAUGA